AUGAAUCAAAAAGACCUAUAUCUAAUUAAAGGGUUAAACUUUCCUAAAGACAGGAAGUCAUAAAUUUAUAUUAUUUCAGAGUCUUGGGGAUUGAAGCUAUUAGUAUUACUUCCUUAAAUAUUUAGGACUCAUUAAAUUUAGCUUUCAAAUUAUUGGUAUAAUGGAGCGAUGAGAGUGCAAUUAUGGAUUGGAAUGAUUAUUUAGAAGGAACUUGUUCAAAUGAAUUUUACUUUAGACUCUUUUACUAGGGUUAAGAAUACCAUAUAGAAGGGUCUAGGGAGUAACUAGAUUUGUUGUAUGACUUUUGUUCUGGUAAAUUCAUUUUUAAGAAAAGUAAUAUCUUUAAAUUGAAUUCUGUCAUGCAGGCCAAUUCAUAAUAUGAAGUAUAUAUAAUAUUAAGUUAAGAUGUCUGUAGUAACAAAUCACAGAAAUAGUAAACAGUACAUUGAGAAAAGAAUUUUUUCUAAUUUUAUUUCUCAAGAUAUAGAGAUGUCGAAUUCAUUCAAUACUUAAUUAUGGUAAGACAAAGUACCCGAAGAAGUCCGUAUAAUUUAACUAUUGAAUGCUUAGAAAUGUCCUUACAUUAUAAAAAUUGUAUAGAUAUCUUAUGAUGGUGACAACUAUUCUAUAAUCUACGCAAACCAAAAUUUAAUAUCUUUAAAGUAGAUUUUAAAAAUGUAAAAAAUGGGUUUGCCUCUUUCUUUUGUAAUUGAGAUUUUAGAAUAAUUGUUAACUGGUAUCAUAGAAAUUUAUUGUUAGUGUUAAACAUUUUCUAAGAGCUUCAAAUUAUACAUAAUGGUAUUAAUUUGGAUAUGAUUAAUUAUUCUCGGGAUUCUAACUCGAUUGUAGUUAGUGAUUUCACAUCAUCAACCUUUGAAUGUAAUAGAUAAAUACCUAUGUAAAUAAUAUCAUAAGUUUAGAAAGGGUAAUUCUAUAGGUUUUAUACCUCCUGAGUAUUUAUAAAAUAAAUACCUGAUCUCACCCUUUGCCAAUAUAUUCUAAUUAGGUACACUCUUGUAUCAUUUGUAUUUCUAUAUGUUAAUUUCUAAAGGUUAUUUAACUAAAAUCCCUUCGGAAAUGACUCAUAAACUAAACUUCAGAAUAAUAUAAUGGGAAAAUAUCAUAUCCCAAAUCUUAAUAUUGAUAAGGAUAUCAUUGAAUUGCUUAAAUCGAUGAUGCAAACAAAUCCCCAGAAGAGAAAAACCCCUAAGGAGUAUUUGUGUUCAAAGAUUUUUAAACCUUAAUAUAGAUCGAAAAUUUCCAAAAAUUCAUUCUUAUCGUUUCUUCAAGAUAAUUCUUCUCAAAAAAUUGACGAAUUUGAAGUAGAGAAUGAAACUAUCAGCAUUCAAAACAUUAAAUUUCUAUGUUUUAAUAAAAAAAAGAAUUGA